ACAUUCGAGGCAAUUGAAUAACAAGUCCCGUGCUCCAUUUACUUAAUAGUUGCUUGUUGGACUUUGUUUGCCACCCCAAAGCCUAACCAAAAAAGCUAGUCUUUUCUAUUCACCAAAUAAAUAAAUAAAUAAAUAAAAAGCUAGUUUUCUACGUUCACCUUUCCUUCUUCUUUGGCAUUUUUUUCCUCGGCUUUGGAUUGCCGGCCUUUAUAAAAGCUAGGUUCAUUCUGGUCCUACUUUAUAUUAUACGCAUAUAGUGCAUCCAAAAGAGAGAGAGAUAUAUUACCAAAAAAGAGAGAGAGAGUGAGAAAAAGAGAGAAGCAGAGAUGGGAAGGAGUCCAUGUUGCUCCAAGGAAGGACUAAACAGAGGAGCCUGGACUGCCUUAGAAGAUAAAAUUCUAACAGGUUAUAUUAAUGCUCACGGAGAGGGAAAAUGGAGAAACCUACCCAAGAGAGCUGGUUUAAAGAGAUGUGGUAAGAGUUGCAGACUUCGAUGGCUAAAUUAUCUUAGACCGGACAUAAAGAGAGGUAACAUAUCUCAUGAUGAAGAGGAACUCAUUAUCAGACUUCACAAACUGCUUGGUAACAGAUGGUCUCUAAUAGCUGGAAGGCUGCCGGGGCGAACAGACAAUGAAAUCAAGAACUAUUGGAACACUACUUUAUGUAAAAAAGCUAACGCCCAGCCAUCUUCACCGCCAUCGAAGCAGAAUUCGCAAAGAAAAUCCAAAGCCAAAAGUCAACCCAGUGAACCCAAAAUAACCAAGCCAUCGGACUCGGCAUCAUCGGCUGCUACUAAAACCCAAGUGGUAAGAGCCAAGGCCUCCAGGUGUACAGCAACAGUAGUAAUCCCAACACUCUCACCCCCAGGUGAGACUUGCACUCACAAGCUCAACUCAUCGGCAGCCACAGUGGACCCAUUGGAGCUUCAAUUCCGGGAUCAGAAUAAUUUGGUAAAUAAUCAACCCCAAGAUUCUGCUGGGUCAGAAAUGCACUGUGGAGCUCAUGAAGAACAGUUUCAUGGGACUCAUUCACAAGGCUGCGAUAUGUUGAAAUUUAGCUAUGAUUGUGAUGGUGACAACUGGGAAAACUUCAAUAAUUUAACCAUGAGUACCGAUGAGUUACCCUUUGAGGAGCCAAUUUUCAAUGAUUUCGCUGUGGGCCGCCUUGAGGACGACAAUGCUGAUCUGAGCUUAGAAUCUUUGGCAUUUUUACUUGAAUGCGAGGAAUGGCCAACUGAUACAUAAUACAAUUAUUAAUUAUAAGUUAAAAAUAAAUAACAGGGAUUUUGCAUUUUUUUUAUCAUCAUUGGUCACCAAUAGUAGCUAGUACUAAGUGCCUACUGUAAAUAAAUAAUAAAAUAAAAUGAAAAAGAAAGAAGCAUAUGCUUAAAUUUGAGGUUAUUUAAUUAACUACUAAGUAGUUGUUGUAUAAUUGAUGAAAUUGAUUCAAAAACUUUUGUCUGUCACUGUUUGCUUGUCUGCUAAAUCUUUCGGAUAUCAGUUGUCUUGUAUUAGCUAAGUCUUACCGUAUACUUGUAAACAAAAAUUUUUCAGAACUCUAAAAAAACAAAAAAGAAAAAAAAAGAAAAAAAAAAAUCUGUUUCAGCAACUUGGAGGACCAAUAAAACAUCUAUU